UCUCCCUGGGUGGGGAUACAGUACUUCAAAAACUAGAAAAGGAGUAAAAGAAAAGUGUCUCACCUUUGCCUGCUCUCGGUGUUGGCAUCUUCCUAAACAGGGUGAGCUGACCAGGAGAUAUUUUUGCCUUUCCUUACCACUCAGCCCUAUUCUCACACUUGCAGCUGGCACCAAGGUGCAGGACUUUGCAGAGCACAUUGUGGCUUGCAUUUAUUCAGCCUGAGUUCAGUCACCCAAAACCUUGCAGGUCUAUUUUGAAACAUUAUUCAGUCUCUGGAGUUUCUUUUUUUUUUUUUCCUUCUCUUACUUCUGACAUCAUUUCCUGAGUGCUAUAUUCACCGAGCUCUGUAGCCAGAUCAUCUUCUCAGCAUAUGGUGCAAGGAGGUCUUUAAAAUGGAUUUCAGCUCUCCUUUUACUCUGCAGUGCUUGCUGGUGAUAAUAACUGUUACUCAUGGCUCUAUCACCUGGACCAGUGUGCUCAGUGGCAGCUCAGCAGUCUUCUCUGUGGGAAUUCAGAGCCUGCAGAACCUCUCCAGUAUGAGCAAGAGGGACAUGAGAUGCUUGACAAGUGUCUCGAGUGAUACUUUGCUGGCUAAGUGUGGCACUUCUGCCCCCAGAUGCCUGAACUUCUGGAAUGGCUCUCUAGUGCUGAAGACUGUGGAGAAAGAGGACGAAGGAAAAUAUGAGUUUGUUUUUCACAACACCACCAGAGUUUUUACAGUGCAAGUAUUUGAGCCAGCCAUUGGUAUCCAGUGCUUUCCUAAUGGGACUGGAGAGUUGUCUUGCAACGUGAACAGCAACGAGAGCACCAGCUUUCGGUGGCUGCUGAAUGGCACCGUGAUGAGUGCCCCUGAGGCUUGUGUUAAAGAUGGCGGGAAGAAGGUUCGCCUGGACAAAACCGGUCCUGGGGAGUUUGUAUGUGAGGUUUACCAUGGGAACAGUGUCACCAGGACCAGGCCUGUUUUGCUCUCUUGUAGCUAUGGCCAGCUGCACAAAGAUUUACCAGUCUAUACAAAUGUCUCUCCAUCAGCCCUACACCAUCAGAGGUGUGGAGACCUGCUGCAGUAUCCAUGGUUCAUCUACAUCCUUGCAGGGUGUGCAGGGGGUGCAGUUAUCAUGGUGGUGCUUGUAUCCUCAGUCAUAUGUUGCUGCAUGAAAAGGAAACACAAAUUCAUCCCAGUGCCUUCAGAGGAGGAGAAAGAUGACAGACUAACAAUGUCCAUGAUCUCCAGUGAAAGUGUGAAGAGCCCCCCCAGUGGAGACCAUGUUGAGGCUCAAGCUGCCCAAAUUGACUGUCCUCCAAAGCCUGAUGCUGCCCAGACUGAUCAAGAUGUUGAGCCUCAGCCACUUGUGGAAGAAAACUUGGCAGUGGAGGUGGAGGCUGAGGAAAUGCCAGACCCAGAGGUCAUAGUUGAUGUGGAAAGCCAGGAAAAUCCCUCAGACUGUUUCCCAGAUCCAAGUGAUGCCUGAUCUGUCAUGCUUGCUGUUCUACCCUGCCUUGAAGCCUACAACACCCAUCCUUUGCGUCCCAUAGUCCCACUAUGUGUAAGAAUUAGUCCAGGAAAUUUUGGCAGGGGAAAGGCAUGAGGUGUCAGGCCUGCUAACUUCAUUUAAAAAGAUAAAUACGUAUACAAGGAAAAGUAGAUUCUUGGCUUGAAGGCCACACUGCUGUGGGCUGCCAAGUUCUCUAACAAACAAAACUGGGCAGCUCAUUGAUGCUUUGCCUCUUAAUAGACCUGCAGCUAAACUGUGGAGCCCUAGAGGACAGCCUGAAAUAAGACGGGCAGCUCCUCUGCUUCCUGCCACCUUAUGUCUUGCCAUGUCUCUCACAGGCAGCAGCUCCUGCAAGGGGCAGGCAUGGCAGGCAGGUUGGGAUGGCCUUCCAGUCCCAGACAGAAACAAGAACUUGCCCGAGAUUUCCUGAGAAAGCCCCUUCCUUCAGAGAUUUCAAGGCAUUUUUCACAGGCCCUCAGAAAAAAGCUCAAUGGAGAUCUCUGUGUGCUUGGUUUCUAUCUAAAUCACUCCUCUGAGCUCCAGCCCCUUUAUGAUUUGUUCACCACUUGCUGUUUGGGACCAGGAGUGGUGGUGGUGGCAGGGACUGCUGUGUGCAGACCCUAGGAGGUGAUGGCUUGCUUGCCUUUUGAUGCCCUGUAAUGGCUUUCACCAGAACCUCACUGCUCAGGUUGUGAGUUAAACCAGCUCCAUCACUAGCUUGCUUGCUUGCAGCAGGAGGGGGCCUGGGGUGUGUAAUUUUGUCAAAAACGCUGAUUAUAACACUGAGAUCAUUCGUCAGUGCAAGCAUUAGUGCCUUUAGUGUAAUGAUUUAGCUACUGCAAGCUCAUAAAGCAGGCCAUCUACCUGUACAUGUAGGCUUUUUCAGUGCUGUGUUACUUGGACAGGCAGGAGCCAUUCACAGACUCUCUUAGGCAAGUCUUACUGCUAUGCAAGUCCUGUUCUGCUCAGGAGAGGUUUGCAAGUAGAGCAGCUGGGGUAGACUUGCAGGGAAGAAGGAUGAGGUAAGGAGAGGGCAAAGAUUCGAUCCCAGGCAGCAGGUAACUGAGUCCCUGGCAAGCUGCCCGGGGCUGCAGGGUUCUCGAGGCACAAGGAGUACUGCAGAUGCACUGCCAGAGCAAGGUAUUUACUGUACAAGUGCAUUUUGGUAGCUGGAAGUGAGACAUGUUGGUGUUAACCUAACCCUGUGGGCUAGAAAGGCAUGGUAGAGAGAUGGUACAGGUUGAGGCUGAAAGGAGCGGGGAAGUGUGUGUUGCAUUCCUCUCUUCCCUUCUUGCAUCCCUCUCUUUCCUUUUGCUCUUCUUUUAUAUUGUGCUGAUAUUGUGCCAUGAAUCCCUUGGAAACAGAUUUGAGGUAUGCCUUGUAAAUGUCACUCAACAAGGUCUGCGAGUACCCCAACAAAGUAAAAACCAAGCUGAAGCCGCUUCUCUCCCAGGCAGGGGAGCUGGUGGGACUGCUGCAUGCUCACCUGAAGUCUGCAUGUCUGUGACCAUGGCAAAGCUCUGCACCUGUGACGCCCAGCCAUAGGUGGUUGUUCUUGUUGUUUCCUUGUCUUGUGACUCUGUUUAGAAGAUAUUUGGAUCUCAUGUGCUGUGUUGGUGGUGAUUCAUCCUCUCUGCUUUUUAAGGCUGCUGUAGGAAUCAGAUUUUCCACACUAAAAGGAAGAUAGUAUUUCUUUUCCUCAUGGCGCUGUUCUAGCUCCUUUCAGUGCAAACAUUCCUCAAAGGCUGUGAGUUGAAUGACAAAAAUAUGACGCCAAGUGCUUGGGGUGGCAAGUGCCUGUAAGCAGCACAGUGGCAGUGAGUGAUGCUGGGUGAACAGGAGCUGCUGUCACCAAAAUGGGAGGACAGUCAGCUUUGCAUCUCUUCUGCACUUUCUGCCGGGGCAGACAGGGGACAGUCGACUCCAGUACGUGCUUCGAAGGGGGGACAUUUCCUUGGGCUGCUCUGAAGUAGAAGCCAGCAGUGUUCUGGGUGCUGCGGGUGGCAGAGUAGGGCCACCCUUGUUCUGCUGAGCUGGUGCAUCCUGACUUCAGCUUUUCCUAGUGCUGCCUUGCUUCUGUCAGCCCUGGGAGGGCUGGGGUGCCCUAUUAGCACCACCAUUUUACCACUAUUAGUGUAACCCCAGUCCAGGAAGCAUUUUUCCCAUUGAGACAGGAAUCUGAAACUCAAGAUGGCUUAUGGGGCACAUGGCUUUAUGAGGCAUAUGUCUAUGAUGACAUGGCUGGUUUUCUGUCCUUUGCUGAAGAUGCAGGCAAAGGUUUCUGUUACCGUGAGGUGAGAAGUCCACCCUGUGCUCUUCCUUUAACUGUAUGUGUUCAUGUCCAGCUAUUUUCUUUUUUGAUGGCUUUGUUUUCCCCAUUAUGCUUUUGUUCCUAAUAAAGAGAUCUGUUUUCUAACUUCUUUUGGAAAU